CAGAAUGCGACAGGGCCGCCUGGCGGACAGACAUGGCCGCAUCACCGGAGCCGAGCCUCGGCGGCGGGUGCCCCGGUUCUCCCCGGACGAUGAGGUCCUGGUGGCGGCUGGCGGUGCUCCUGUUCUCCGUGUGGUCCCUGCCCGGGGCCUCGGGCCUGGUGGAGGGUCUCUACUGCGGCACCGAGGUCUGCUACGAUGUGCUCGGCGUCACCCGGGAGGCCGCCAAGGCGGAGAUCGCCCGGGCUUACCGGCAGCUGGCCCGCCGGUACCACCCGGACCGGUUCAGGGUGGGAGAGCCGGGUCUGGAGGGGGAGACCAAGGAGUCCGCUCAGCGGAGGUUCCUGCUCAUCGUGACCGCGUAUGAGACGUUAAAGGAUGAAGAAACCCGGCGGGACUACGACUACAUGCUGGACCAUCCUGAGGAAUAUUACCAGCACUACUACACCUACUACCGUCGACAGCUCACACCCAAAGUGGACGUCAGGGUCGUCAUCCUGGUCACCAUCUGUGCCAUCUCCAUAUUCCAGUAUUACAGCUGGCACAGCAGCUACAACGAGGCCAUCAACUACCUGGUGACGGUCCCCAAGUACCGAAUCCAGGCCACCGAGAUCGCCAAGCAGCAGGGCCUCCUCAACCGCACCAAGGAGAAGGGCAAGAACCGCCGCUCCAAAGAGGAGAUCCGCGAGCAGGAGGAGGAGGUGAUCCGUGACAUCAUCAAAACCAAGAUCGACAUCAAGGGAGGCUACCAGAAGCCCAACCUGUCGGACAUCCUGCUGUGUCAGAUUGUGCUCUUCCCCUACUACCUGACCAACUACGUGACCUGGUACGUCUCCUGGGUUUACCGCUUCACCAUCUGCAGGGAGGAGUACGGCGACGAGGAGAAACUCUACCUAAUCAGGAGAUCCAUGAAGAUGUCUCAGUCUCAGUUCGACAGCCUGGACGAACACACCAGACAGACGUUCAUGGAGAAACGUCUCUGGAUCAAAGAAAACUACGAGCUGCACAGGAAGGAUCAGGAGGAGGAGAUGAAGGUGAAGAUGGCGACAGACCCGAGGAUGAAGAGGUAUCGCCGCUGGAUGAAGAACGAGGGACCGGGCCGGCUGACGUUCAUCGACGACUGACGGCCGCGAGAUCUGUCUGUCACACACACACACACAUCUGCCUCAGUGCCGACGCACACGGACAUCACGCACCGUGCUGUGUGGAGAAACGCUUGUACAGAAAGAUCAACUAUGCCUGUUUAUACAGUGAGAGAUAUUUUCAUAGCGACCAGGCCUCGGGAAGCGGAAUAAACUGCGAGCUGAGAAAUGUGAGGGUUUUUAUACAUGAUGCUGUUUUUUUUUUGUUUGGUUUUUUUCAUCUUUAAAGAUUCUUUUAAACUUUGAUUCUGUCAUUUUUCUGGUGAAAAUGGACGGAGGAGCUUCAGUGCCUGAGUUGUAGUGAAACAGGUGUUAUUCAGGUGCAGGGUGAUAAACAUGACGUUAACAUGACGUUAACAUGACGCCUGGUAACCGACAGUAAAGUGUCCUUGUUUGAAACGCCUGCCUCCUCCUGCUGCUCGACAGCAUCUGAAGAGUAAAACGAUUUCUUUCAUGAGGAAUAAAACAGGGUCAGAGUAUUUUUUUUUAAAGAACAGUGACAUUUUGGUUGAAUUCAGACGAGACGGAAUUGGACCUGGAUGUAUUUAGCGUCAUGUAUUACAGACGACUGCAGGCAGGGGGAGCUGUUUGCCUGGUUCCAUCAGGAGUAAGAACGUUUCUGGUUUACAUUUUAAUUUGCUUAUUGACAUGGAGAGAAACAUAAGAGAUAGAGAGGUGGUGGAUAAAUUAUAAGUUGCAGGAAAGAGGUGAAGAGUUCAUCUGACUCUGAGGACGACGAUGAAAACAUCAACGUAAAGAUGAAAAGAGAAACAAGUUCCAGACGUUUGUGUGUGAACCAAAGUCACAGCUGAGUCACAGUUGAGAUCUUUAUCACGUCUGUGGUUUCUGCUCCGUCUCUUCCACUGCUCACUGUUUAAAGCUUCCUGCUUUUACUUAAGAUUAUUUAUUUGUCUCUCAUUUCAUUUGUUUUGUGCUGAGGCAUUAAAGUCCCACUGUAACUACA